AUGGGGCGUGUUGACAUUCCUUUGGCUUCCGUCGAAGAAGACGCAAAGGAACUCCCUCGAUGUGCCUGGUGUGGCGACAUCUCCAGGAGUGUCUGUGGCUACUGCAAGGUCAGGGCAUAUUGCGGCUUGGAAUGUCAGCAGAACGACUGGAAGUCUGGGCACCAGACGGCAUGUUCCCGAGUGGCACCGCCUGUGGCUAAAGCGGAGGACACGGACUUCCAGUUCUAUGAGGUGCCCUACGUCGUGCGCUGGGCCAUCAACCUGGAGCGGUGGCGGAUGACAGCGGACAGCCGAGAGUAUGCGUUCCUGCUCAGCCGCAUUCCCGACGAUGAUGCCAGAAAGCGCAUUGCUUCUUCGAAGUCCUGGAGUGCGCUGAAAGUUUCCCUGGCCCAGGAGCUAGCGGUGCGUCGGAUGGCCGAAGUGCUCACCCAGGCCAUCUGGACGAAGGUUCAAUGGCGGCAUGACCCUGCCGCGGACAGGGAUUACUUGCUGCAGAGGGAAGAGUACGUUUGGACCGGGCAAAAGUAUCAAAAUUCCAACCGAAGGUUCCCCAACUUCAACUUCUCCAUGAUCGAGACAGACACCCACCUGUUCCUGGUCACGCAUCCGCUGGCCAUCACCGGCAUCUACGCGAGUGGGCCCUUGGCUGACUCCAUGCCGGACCCGAGAGAAGCCUUUGCUGAGGAGCUGGCUGCUGCCAAGCUGCACACGGAGCAAAAACAGCCACAGGUUCAGUCUCCAUCGCCCGCAUCAGCUGGACCUGCAGCCGGUACCAGUGAGGAGUUGGAGGAGGACUCGCGGAUGCUCGGGGAUGCAGAACUGUGUGCCAGCCAGAAGAGGCGCAGCAACGACGUGAGCGCCUUCGCCAUGUCCACUGCUCGGCAUGCUGAACCUCUUCAGCUUGAACCAAGCAUCACAAGCAUGUGA